AUCAGUAUUUAUGCUUUAAUUUCCUCAUAUUUAUAUCUAGAUGUGUUAAACAACUUAGAACAUGGUGCCUUUUUUGUUUGAACCACCCAUUUUUUCCAAAUGAUCAAUAAUAUUGGAACAUCUGACCAGGUGUGCCCUGUUACAUUAAUUGUUUAAAGAAUGAAAAGUCUACUCUUGGUUUGAGCCCUAGGUUUCACCUGUAAAGACGGUAUUUGUUGUCAAAAGGAAUAAACCAACUUGAAGACUAGACAGCUAUCUAUCGGACAAAAGAGGGAGAAUCUAUCAGGGCCAUUGCACAAGCAUUGGGCAUAGCCAGUCACAACAAUUUGGAAUGUCCUGAAAAAGAAAGAAACCACUGGUGUACUAACAACCUGACAUCAAACUGGUUGGGCCAAGUAAAACAACAGCAGUUGAUGACAAACAUUGUGAGAGCUGUGAAGAAAACCCCAAAAACAACAGUUUGUGACAUCAACAACAACCUCCACUGGGCAGCAGUGAAGGUAUCACAAUCCACCAUUGGAAGAAGACUUAACGUGCAGAAAAAUAGAGGCCAUACCAUAAGAUGCAAACUCAUCAGCAGUAAGAAUCCGAAAGCCAGAUUAGAAUUCGCAAAGAAAUACGGAAAUGAGCCACAAAAGUUCUGGCCAAAGUGUGGAGACAGAAAGGAUCUGCUCAUGAUCCACAAUAUAUUCAAGCUCAUGUCAUGGCUUGGGCUCAUGGCUGUACAUGCCCAGUCAUGUCUGGACAUGUCUAGAAAACAUUUCUUUACUUGCAUUGUGGGCAACAUUGAAAUUGAGGAUUGCAAACACAAAAUCUGCAAUUUUUUUUUCAAAACUGUACGUGACAGGAACAAUCACAAGUGAUUUUUGAGCUCAGCAGUCCAAAAUCCAUCAAAUACUUCCAAAACUUUCCAGGUAGCAAAAUAUUUGUUCUCUGGUGUAAUUAAUACUACCAAGCUAAAAUCUUGGAUAUCUCCUGGAUAAAGUCUGGAUACAUGCCUUCCUUGUACCUUGAGGGAUUGUGGCUCAAGUUGAGCUGUGCUGGAGGAUCAAAGGGAUCGUGGUAGAUUACUGUGGGUCAUUUGGAAGUCAACAAUUAUUUCAUGCUUUGUGCACAUCAAGAGACAUUGUUGUUUCCACUCCAGCCUUACAAACCUGAUGUCUAGUAUAUCUUCGAGUAUGGUACAGCUUGUCAAUAAACACAGCCAAGAACCACCUACUUUCACAGAAAGAUGUGUUUUGACAGACAAGGCUGUUAAAAAAAACCACAGGCAGUUUACAACUACAGACCAGCCCAAUGUACAUGCAAAAUAUCUUGUUUUCUCACCACUGGUGAUCUCUUGGUUGAUAAUGAUCGAUAAUUAAUAAAGACACGCCUUUUUUUUAAUCUCCAAAAAACUCACUUUGUGCAAAAGUUUGUUUUCCUGCUGGAAGUUGGCACAGUGAAGUGCAGGAAGCCAAGCAGAUUGCAGUCUUUAACUUUCUGAAGCUUGUGAGCAGAAAAGUGUACAAAGGAUGUCAGACUCUUUGUGGUCCAUUGGUCUAGUUCCACGCCAGUCUUCAAGCCAUGCUGCUAAUGUGGCUCACUAUAGUAAUGUCUUCAGUUAAAUGGAGGAUGUGAUUUCAGCUGUAUUUUGCAACACGGUCAUGGGUUCAACAAUGGACUGAGCUCCCAGCCCUGGGGGGUUUGGCCAAUCUUGAGUUCCUGAGGUCAUCCAACAUGAGGAUGCAGAGCGGUACAGUAUAUUGAAGUCCAGUAGGCUCAGCGUUCUUACUAGUCUCUGUAGGAUCAUCGUGAAUUGUCAGUGAACAACUUUCUCUCAAUUGUUUUCUAACUGAACAAGGUUUCCAUCAAAUCCUGAACCGAUCUGGACCGAUCCUGAACCGAUCUUUGGACCAUAAGGAUCAUUAUUAUUCCAGCUAUAAUAAUGAUAAUAAUCAGUAGUUACAAAUUUGAAGCUAUUUGCAAAGAGAUUGGACUCCUGAACACACUCAGACUUCCCCACAAUCAAAGGCUAACUGUACUGUGGGUUUUGACAAUGCUCACAACCAAAUGCCAUGGCAGACAACAAACAGGUGAUUACAAUCACUGAGCUCUAAUCCUCUUAGCUCCUUAACGGGACUUCUCCCAGCUCCUUAAGCUGUGUUCUCCCAGCUGUAUGGAGCCACGUUUGUCUAAUCCUAUAGUAGAGAAGUUUCCUUACAGCACUACAGCAUGGAGGAGUUCCUGAUCCCCGAGGAUGUUCGCUCUGAGCACGGCUUCUUCUCUCCGAUCGGAUCGGGGAAAAACAGACUGAACGGUGUAAAGAACUUGCUGCAUAGUGCCUUCAUCAUAUACAUCAGGGACUAUGUGAAACGAAACGGGCUGCUGACUCUGUCUGUGCUCGGAGUGUUUACAGGAUGCAUCCUUGGCUACACACUCAGGGGAUGUGAACUUUCCACGCAGGCAAAGAUCUAUUUCUCGUUCCCUGGUGAACUCCUGAUGAGAAUGCUAAAAAUGCUAAUUCUGCCCCUGAUCACCUCAAGUUUAAUGUCAGGCCUGUCAUCGAUGGAAUCCAAAGCCUGUUGUCAUAUGGGCUUGCUAACUGUGACCUAUUACCUGUGGACCACCUUCACUGCUGUUGUGGUUGGCAUUGUACUGGUGGUGAUCAUCAAACCAGGCUUUGCAACAGACAUGGAGCGCACCAGGCUGGGAGGAGGUCCGGUGAUGACCUCAGCAGACGCUCUGCUCGACCUCAUCAGGAACAUGAUUCCUUCAAAUCUCAUAGAGGCCACAUUUCAGCAGUACAAGACGAAUCUUAUACCUGUUCUUCAAACACCAGACAGCAACAAGCAGCACAACUUUGUUUACCUGAUGCCAGACGAGGAUCAUCCUAAAGGUUACACGGUGUUACUGGAUCUCACUCCACGUCCUGAUAUUCACUAUAAGAUAUAUCCUGGAAGCAGCCACCAAAUGAAUGUGCUGGGGAUCGUCAUCUUCUCAGCCACUAUGGGGCUCCUGCUUGGCAAAAUGGGUGAGCGAGGUGCACCUUUAGUCAACGUCUGCAAGUGCAUCAAUGAGUGUGUCAUGCAGAUCAUCAAUGCAGCGGUGUGGUAUUUCCCCUUUGGGAUCGUCUUUCUGGUGGCUGCGAAGAUCGUGGAUAUGAGUGACCCCUCCACUCUGGGGAAGAAGCUGGGCUGGUAUGCAGUGACCGUUAUGACUGGACUGUUCAUCCAUGGCUUCAUUCUUCUUCCUCUAUUUUAUUUCCUCUUAACACGCAAAAACCCCUUCAAGUUCAUCAGAGGACUGCUGCAAGCUAUGGUCAUUGCCUUAGCCACGUCCUCAAGUUCUGCCACGUUGCCCAUUACAAUGAAGUGCUUGCUGGAGAACUGUCAUGUAGAAAGACAGAUUGCACGCUUUGUCUUGCCCGUGGGUGCCACCAUCAACAUGGACGGCACUGCUCUCUAUGAAGCGGUGGCAGCCAUCUUCAUCGCUCAGGUCAACGAGUAUGAGCUUGAUUUUGGACAGAUGGUGACAAUAAGCAUAACGGCCACUGCUGCAAGCAUUGGUGCUGCAGGCAUCCCGCAGGCUGGCCUCGUAACCAUGGUGAUAGUGCUGACAUCUGUGGGAUUGCCACCAGAUGACGUCACACUGAUUGUGGCCAUCGACUGGAUUCUAGAUCGAUUUCGAACAAUGAUUAAUGUACUAGGAGACUCCCUGGCAGCUGGAAUCAUUGGCCAUUUGUGUCAGAAAAACUUUGCCACUGAUAAAAGGGGACCAGCCGGUGGAUCAUGCCAGAAUAGAAAUCAUAGCCAACACAUGGAGAAUUUGGCUGAGGUGCCGCUGCUUGCAGGAAAAGACUGCAUGUACGAGGUGGUUGGAGACACGGUUAUUGAGCGACCCACUGUCUACUACAACAUCUGUCAAGUUUAACUUCACUAGUGCCUUAAAACCACCACAUUUUGGAGACAAGUCUCUACAUUUGUGAUUCUGCUGGUAGUUAACUGACCAAGCCGACCACAUGUUCAACAAUUAUUCCACAUUGUAUUCUUUAUUAAAAAAAAAAACCCUACUGCAUAAAUGCUGGCAUUACACACUUUACAGCCAUGAUGUUCAUAUCAGCAGAGAAAAGAUGCAUUACAUGUAUUGCCUUAAAACAGACUAAAAGAACACUGACUACAUUUUGUCACCAAAGUCAUUUGUUGUAUGGUCUAAGAGUUCCAGACCCGUGUCUGUUAAGUAAUGUUUCUGUAGGACGUCUGUAGUUAUUACAAGCGAUUUGCACAGGGAUGGAAGUGUCUUUACGAUGUACACAUCAUUGUCAUACUAAAAGUAUGCAUACUACAUCCAUGCAAAUUAUGUAUACCUCAUUUUAAUACAAACAGAUAGUUUUGACCUUUAUUAUAAGUGCUUGUUGUAGGGCUUGUGGCCACACAAGUUGAGAUUGAUUACUGGUAGGUGACAUUCCCAUUAGCAUGUACACUCACCUGCCACGUUACACAGGUUCUCAACCCUGAACAACAC